AUGCCAGCAGUAAGAAUUCCAAGCAAUAAGUCUGUGCAUGAAAUCCCGUUCAAUUCGAUCCGUCGGUGGCAACUUGUUGUUUGUCGAUGUUUGGCAGAUGUUCAACCAGUAGAAGAUCUCCCAGAACCAGCUCAAAAUGAAGCUCGCUAUGUCGUUAUGAUGAAAGGCGCUCCUGAAGUCAUUCUUGGCAAAUGCAAAAAGGCCAGAGUGAACAAGGAUAUGGUCGACAUCGAUGAUAACUUCAGACACGAAUGCCAGAUGGCAUGGGAGUCACUGGGCAACGCUGGACGACGCGUGAUUGCCUUCGCUCAGGCGCACUUCAACGCACCAAUGAACGCGAAAUUCGGUGCCGGAGAAGAUCGUUGGCCUGAAGAUCUUGUAUUUCUCGGCAUGGCUGCUAUCAUGGAUCCACCAAGGUAA